AUGGAUAGUGAUACUCUCAAUGCAACAAGAGGACUGGUACAAGCUAUUUUAACAUUAACAACUGAACAACGUCAGGCGCUUAGUGUACAAUCUUUAUGUCAAUUUGUUUAUUGUAAAUUUUUAAUGAAUGAUCAAGAAGACAAUAAUGGAACAUGUCAAGUCAUAGCGGUAAAAUCAUCUUUAUCUGAUGAAGAUCCACAACAAAAAAAUUUAUAUUUGAUGACAUUUGUAAAAUAUAUCAAUAUUUAUAUUUAUCCAUUACUUAUUUUCAUGGGUAUAUUUGGAAAUGGUUUAUCAUGUUUUAUUAUGUUCCUUAAUGUUCGUCGUAAUGGAUAUUCAGCAAAUCUUUAUUUAGCCUUAUUAGCAUUUGUCGAUUGUUUAUUUUUGUUAGGUAGUGCAUUACCUGACUGGAUGUCUCAUAUAGACAGUAAAUUUGAUAUAAGACUUUUAUCAGAUUUAUGUUGUCGUUUUGUUUAUUGGUUUGGAAAUUUUAUAACACAUUUAUCAGCUGGUCUUGUUGUUAGUAUUACUGUGGAACGUUUUAUUGCAAUACAGUAUCCAUUGAUUGCACACAAGAUUAAUACUGUUAAACAUACACAUAUUGUAUUAAUUACUUUAAUAACAUUCUUCUUUUUAUUGGAUAGUCGAAUUUUUAUUCUUGUCAAACAUUUAAACGACAGUAUACAUAUUGUAUUAACUUGUUAUAAUGAUACAUAUAGUUCAUAUGAAAGACGAGAGAUAUUACAAUGUAAUAUAGCAAAUGAAUCUAAUAAAAUAUGGGUGUUUAUUGAUUUUGCUGUUUACACUCUGAUACCUUUUUCAAUUAUUAUUACAUUGAAUUCUCUCAUUAUACGUCGUUUAAUUGAUGCACAACGUUUAAGACAACGUAUGUUUCAUCCUAAGAAUAAAGCAGCCAAAUCUGAAGAACAAAGUUUACAUCAAAAUAUAUCUGUCAGUGAUCAAAUAGUAACUGAAAAGCAUCGAAGAUUAAAAUGUUCUCGAUCAGUUCCAACACCAAUACUACUACCAACUAUAAUUCGUUCGCAUAAAAAUCAAUAUUGUUUACGUUCUACUAUGAAACAAUCAAGUGUAUCAAUUGAAUCAUCAUCAGAAACUAAAACUCGUUCUGAUUAUCAAUAUGAAAAGUCUGUAAUACGUCAAACAACAAAUACAAAUAAUAUGCGUUUAACGAUAUUAUUACUAUUUGUUUCAUGUUCAUUUUUAAUUUUAACUUUACCAGCUGUUGUAUGCAAUUUAAUAAUGUCAAUAAAAUUAAAAACAAUAUCAUCAACAUUUACAAAUUAUUUAAGUACAACUGAUGAUAAUUUGAAUUCGGAUACAAUCUGUUAUUAUACUAUAGCACGUUUAUUAAUGAUUGUAAAUCAUUCAAUAAAUUUUAUACUUUAUUUUGUUGUUGGUAAACGUUUUCGUCGUGAUUUAAAAAAUCUUUGUAUUAAUUAUUGGAGAAGAUAA